CUUACCAUGGCCCAACCACGAGCCGAAAUCAAUCCACAAUAACGUUAAGUCUCCAUUCAUUCUACCGCUAAUGUUCGAGGUAUGGCGUUGGACAUGUUGGUAUGCUGUGGAAGGUGCAAUUGUUCCAGGAAUGGUACGCUAUGGAAGGUUGUGGCUCCAUAGAUCUUGGCGAAAAUAGACCACUGGGGUACCAAGGGGUGGAUUUGGCUCCCUCCAUAUCCCCUCUUGCCAUGUCCCCAAGCUCUCGUUUCGCAGCAACAGUAGCCCUGCUUGCAGCAUUGUGUCCCCGUCUUGGUGCCGACGCCACGACUGCAGUCCAGAACAAGCGGUACUGCGAAAUCCUCUUUGUUACUUCAAUCAACGGCUCCUUUGUCGCCGAUGUGUACAACACUUUCGGGCACAACGAUUGCCCUGUGGCGCUGUGGAAUGCCAUUACACCAGAGAACGCCAAGAGCGACCCCAAGACCGUCGCGGUCGUCCUCAAUGGACCUCGAUACUGGAAAAUGGACGAGUUCGGACCAUUGACCUCGCCCAUUGUCAAGGAGAGCGUCGUCAAGUUCGUCGGCGGCCUUAACAUGUCCUUGGUCGGCCGCGUCAUCAUUCCCAUGCCGUCUUUGGCCCCGCCGAGCUAUUCGAUGUCGACGGUCACGCGGAAUGCCGAUUGGAUUUGGCGAGCAGGCACCAUGGGGUACUUCCUCACCAACACCACGUCUGGCGACAGCUUUAUCAUGCAAUCAAACAAGGCCACGUCCAGCGAAACCAGCUCGUUGCAGUCGCUUGAGUCACGAUUCAAGACUCUGCCAUCGACGUGGACGUUCACGGCAAUGCGAUUGUCCGAGGACUUGAACGUCACAACUCCAUCACUCGUGGGCGGUGCUGCAACCUUUGGCAUUGUCAUCCAAGACGAGUUCCAAAACACCUACUCGUACACGAAAGACGUCGCCGCACUCGCCGCUCGUGCUGGCCUCUUAACUGUGCCGUCAACAGCGACGUCGGCGGAGGCCUUAUCCAUGACUGGCUCCCUCGUCAUGCUCGUCCUGCCCAUCUUGGUAUUUUUGCAAUUGGUGUAUUAGUAGUACUAGUAGUACUACUAGUAGUAUGAAUAAUAAUACUGGUAAUAAACAUGUUUGAAACAA